UCCCGUGCUCUCCGUGUCUUAGGAGAUGCUGAUCCAUGAGUAGAAAGUGAAUCCGCCAAGACAACUCUUCUUCUAUUCCAGGAGAACUGACCCCUUUCAGCUCGUUGUCUCAGCCCGAGAAUAUGCAGGUGUUGUUGCAGCUUGGCCUCAGCCUUGUACUGCUUGCACCACAAUAUACUACUACAGCCGCGGCACCUAGCUCCCAGUGCCAGAGGCAAUGCGGCAACGUUGACAUACCAUACCCAUUCGGCAUCGGCGUGAACUGCUCACUCUCGAAACGGUUCACAAUCAAUUGCACGGUCCAAGAUGGCAUUCACAAGCCAUUCCGGGGCGACUUUGAGGUCCUUGAUAUUUCCUUGACUCACGCCACGAUCCGGAUGCUGAAUUACAUCUUGGGGUUCUGCUAUAACACCUCUACCAGAAGCAUGGAGUCCGUCGGCCGAUACGGUCGGCGUAUCCAAAUCCGAUCCGGACCUUCUUCUCCCCUCCGGCUCUCUGAUGCCAGGAACAAGUUCACGGUCAUUGGGUGCAACGCCCUUGCCUUCAUAUCUGACAAUGACACAGGCUACCAGGGCCUGGGUGUUGCAACAUGUCGUGACCCGUUAGAGUUGGUCGACGGUUCUUGCUCCGGGAUGGGUUGCUCUCAGACCACGAUACCAAACAAGAUUUACAACUAUGAAGUAGGCUUCUCGACAUUCGCUAACACAAGUAGGAUCUGGAGAUUCAACCGAUGCAGCUAUGCGGUGCUGAUGGAGGCAGCUGAGUUCAAGUUCGACGUCUCGUACAUAAACACCACAAAGUUCAACGACACAAAUGCUGGGCGGGCGCCUGUGGUAUAUGACUGGGCAAUAAGGGAUGUCGUGCGAUGUGAUGUCGCCCGACGGAACAAGACGGGCACAUAUGCAUGUCUCAGCAGCAACAGCAAGUGCGUCGAUUCAACCAAUGAUCAAGGGUAUAUGUGCAAUUGCACACAUGGGUAUGAAGGCAACCCUUAUCUUCAAGACGGAUGCACAGAUGUUAACGAAUGCAACUACAACCCAUGCCCUUCAGACGGCUUUUGCCACAAUAUUAUUGGAGAACACUGGUGUUCUUGCCGAGUAGGAAAAAGAUAUGUCAAGCAAAGCAACACAUGCAACCCUGACACCGGCUUCAUAAUAGGAGUUACAAUGGGAUUAUUUGGUCUAAUGGUUUUUAUUGUGAUUACUAUCUUCUGGGGACAACUGAUAAUUCAAAAGAGAAAAUUGAACAAAGUUAAGCAAGAGUAUUUUCGUCAACAUGGAGGCUUGCUUUUGUUUGAUAGGAUGAAAUCAGAUAAAGGUCUUGCUUUCACCGUAUAUUCACUAGCAGAGCUAAUUCAUGCCACUGAUAACUUUGACAAUAGUAGAAUACUCGGAAAAGGAGGCCAUGGAACAGUCUAUAAAGGGAUAAUAAAGAACAUGCCAAUUGCAGUUAAAAGAUGUGCAUUAGUCGAUGAUAGACAGAAGAAGGAAUUUGGCCAAGAGAUGCUCAUUUUGUCCCAAAUCAACCACAAGAACAUUGUCAAACUCUUGGGUUGUUGCCUUGAGGUGGAAGUUCCAAUUCUAGUGUAUGAGUUUGUACCACAUGGUACACUAUUCGAGCUAAUCCAUGGCAAGAACCACGCAUUGCAAAUAUCCUUCAACACUCUCUUAAGGAUUGCUCAUGAAGCAGCUGAAGGACUUUGCUUCCUGCAUUCGUACGCGUCUCCUCCAAUAAUUCAUGGUGAUGUGAAAACUUCCAACAUCCUACUUGAUGACAACUACAUGGCCAAAGUGUCGGACUUUGGAGCCUCCAUACUAGCACCGUCUGACAAAGAGCAGUUUGUCACAAUGGUUCAAGGUACUUGUGGAUACCUUGAUCCUGAAUACAUGCAAACAUGCCAGUUAACAGAGAAAAGUGAUGUGUAUAGCUUUGGAGUUAUCCUUCUAGAGAUCCUCACCGGUCAGUUGCCACUAAAGCUCAAAGGAUCCGAGACACAAAGGAGUUUGUCAUCAAUUUUUUUGUCUGCUAUGAAAGAAAAUAAUCUUGAUGCAGUGUUAGUGAGCCAUGUGAAAGGUGAAGAGAGCAUGGAGUUACUGAGAGGACUUGCAGACCUUGCUAAAAAAUGCCUAGAUAUGUGCGGUGACAAUAGGCCCUUUAUGAAAGAGGUUGCUGAUGAGCUCAAUAGAUUGAGGAAGCUUUCAAUGCAUCCUUGGGUACGGAUUGACUUGGAGAUGGAUGCUGAAAGCCUUCUUGGUGGAGAAUCUACUAGCGGUUAUGAAAUAGAAUUAAAUGGGUAUCCUAUGGGUGAAAGUGAGAACCAACCCAUAAACCCACGAAGUUCCUAUUAUGCAAGGUGAUUAAAUCAUGCAUAAUAAUCUGCUAGAGCGACUACUUGUAUAUAAAAAUGUUUCUUCUAAGCCUUGUUAUCAUGUGUAUUGUAUUGUGAGGUUAGCACUAUUGCUAUUUGAUCCAGCUGUGUGUACCUUUGGUAAAACAGAAUCCUUGCAACUUGUAAAUUACAAAUCGUGUUUGUAAUUCAUUAGAUGUGUGUUUUCUAUUAAAAAAACAUAUGUACCGUAGACCUGUCAAAUUUCUACUUUGUGUGUACGUGCUACAUCCAUACUUUGCACAUGAUAAACUACCUCCAAGACUGAUCACAUUCUAGUUUUACCCUUAUGCUUCCGCACACAUGUCAUUUUUUUCGAACUGUGCAGGAGAGCUGCAUGCAUAUUUAUAGAUAGAAAGACCACAUCCAAACAACAACAGUACAAGGCAACCAUCCGAAUCCAAGCACGAACACAAAAAUAAAAGAAAGGAAGAGAAAUGGAAGGCAAUGAGAUUAAGUGAGGGUGCUACAACCAUACUCUAGACUAAUCUGGGUUGUAGGGGAUUCGAAAUAUAUAUCGAAUCGCCACGACCCAGAAGCGAAGCGAGCUUCUGUUUUGAUUUGGUCUAUGACAUGCUGGAUGGGCGUGUGAAUCACACCAAACACCCUCCUGUUCCUCUCCCUCCAGAUGGACCAAACGACCAAGAUAACCAAAGAGUUGAGAGCUCUUUUCUUAUCUCCUUGCAGCCUCGAUCUCGCUUUAUCCCACCACUCUUCCAGGCUAAGAUUCGUAGAGGGAAAUGCCUCAUGGAAGUUAGCCCAGAUCAACAUAGAGCUCCAGAUGAUGUUCAUGACCGGACAACCGACGAACAGGUGCUGCACAUUUUCCUGUCCAGAUUUGCAGAAGCUACAAAAUUGGCUAUGAGGGAGGCCUCUUUUAAUGAGCCGGUCAUCCGCCCAGAUUCUACCUCGUGUGGCCAGCCAUAUGAAAAAUUUGCAUCUAAGAGGGGCCCAAGAUUUCCAAAUACUGUCGGGGCUGCAGCAAAAAAUGCCCCAUAAGCCGACUUAACGGUGAACUGGCCGUUGGGCUCCCAUUGCCAAGUCCAGUGUCACAGCUGUUUUGAUUCCGCUGCACGCUCGAAAUAGCAUCGCAAAGGUGCUGUGCUUGAACGUAAACCCCGAUGGUAAUUGGCUUCCUGAUGUCAAGAAUCCACUGUCCGUUUACCAUUGCAUCGGCCACCGGACGUCUUGCUCUAAUUAUUGGGAAUACAAGAGCGAAAAUAUAUGGAGCAAUGUCCUCAACCGAGAGACCGCUAAAUCCAUUUGCAUCUCAAAAAAAAAACUGUUCUUCCCAUCUCCGACAACGACCUUGGUCGCAGCAUUAAACAAGUGUCUCUCUUGAUCACUCACUGGUGCCGCGAGCGAACUCCAGUUCCUAGUGCUCGAGGAACGAACAAGCCACUCCCAGCUCAUGUUUAGGGGCUGAGUUCAUCACCUGUAGAUCGAGCAAACCUAGACCUCCUUGGGAUUUCGGGUGGCAAACUGCUUCCAACUGACCAAGCAAUGACCUCCCUGAACCGUCUCUGUUCCUUUCCAAAGGAAAGCACGUCGGAUUUUAUCAACUGUUUUGAACACGGUGGAUGCAAAGCCCUUAAAUGGAAGAUCGGUAUAUGGCAGAUUACACUGGCUGAACUAGGAUUAGACGACCACCCUGAAACAAGAGUCCAGUCUGCCAAAGUGGCAAUCUUGCUCUAAUUUUAUCUAGGACACUUUGAAGGUCCCCCUUUCUGAUCUUUCUGAUUUGAGGCGGCAAACCUGAUACACUCACUCCAUUGUUCUAAUUUCUAAAGUUGAGACACUUAUUUUGGGACAGAGGAAGUAUUUACUACUGAACAGAUGCCAUUUGAUUUCCUUUUUCUCUCGUGAAAAGUAAUAGUCCAAAACUGUACAUUGGACACUCUACAGAGACAAGUAUAGACAGUUUUUUUUUUUGACAUGGUGAAAUUGGAACUUUGUACAGAUGUGAAACAGAUUUCUCCUUCAAGAUAACCAGAUGUUAACAAAAUGAAUAGGAUCAGCAAAGCAACCAGGUAAGAGAAAC